AUGGAGCUUUUGUUAGAAUGCCUGAUUUUGCCUCCAAAUCUUGAAUACUUGCAGAUUAAUGGCUACAGUGGAGAAAGGUUUCCAACUUGGAUGCUCCCUAACCUUGUUACUAUUGAAAUUUAUUCUUGCAAAAGCUGCGUGCUACUCCCCCAAUUCAGUCAGCUACCUCGUCUCAAAUCUCUAAUUCUUCGAAAUUUAGAAGCCUUGGAGUACAUAGAAGAAGAUGGUUGGGGUGGUAAUGGAGAGUCUUGUUCUGCAACACACUUCACCGCCUUGAAGAAAUUGGUUAUAGAGCAAAUGCCGAAACUAAAGGGUUGGUUUUGGAGACCGCGAGUGAAGGAUGAUGUCCACCCUGUCCCUCAACAAGCAGCGAUGACAUCAGAUGUUCAUCAAGACUUCACGUCACAUCGACUUCUAUCAUUCCCACGUCUUUGGAAACUCGUAAUUGAGAAUUGCCCACAGUUUGUUGUGUCCAUGCCUCUGACCCUGCUGCCAAGGCUUGAGGACUUACAUGUUCUUAACAUCCAGGAGAAGGCGGUAGAAUCCCUUCUGGCAUCACAUAAAGAAGCAACUUCAUCUUCAUUUUCAUCUUCUUCUUCCUCACCAACUCUCUCCACAUUAAAACACUUGAUUAUCAAGAAUGUGAAUAUAGUUUCUUUUUCGAUUAAUUUCUGUAAUUUACAGACCUUAAUUAUCAGUAGUUGCGAGAAACUCGCCAGUUUGAUCGUUGUUUCUCCAAAUUCCUCCAUUCGUAAUCUAUCACUUUUUAAUUUGGAAAAUCUGAGAGCCCUACCAGAGGAGAUUGGCCACCUCUCCCAGCUUCGUCACCUUGACAUCCGUUAUUUUCCUGAAUUGGCCUCACUUCCACAAUCAUUGCGUGGCCUUUCUUCUUUACAAUCACUUCGAAUUGAGCGAUGUCCACACCUGAAGACAAGAUAUCGGAAACCAGACGGUGAAGAUUGGCCCCUUAUUCAGCACAUCCCCGACAUUGAAUUAAUUUAAAGAUAAAUAGCAAGAUUGACCCUUCUUCAAUAAAUAUCAUCAAUCCUUUAGUUCUUAUUGAUUUUUUUUUUGGUUUCUAUAUAUCUUGCUUCGGUUCAUUUGGGAAAGAGAAAUCAUGAUUAUUAUUAAUUUGGGAGCAACACUUAUUCUAAUCUAAAGCACACAUGCCAUUUCUGUAGCUCCUGCUGCAAUGUAUUUGUUUUUUUUUCAACUUUUGUGUUCUGACUAUAUUUGAGGUCUACAAGUCAUUUAUAACAACUUCAAUAUGCAAAAAAAAAAAACUAUGGGAAUUAAGCUGUUAUGAAUUUCUUUUUCUAUUUUUAUUUUCUAUAAGAUUAUAAUUUUCAAUUACAUUACAUUGUAUAUGAGCACGUGUUUAAGUGUCCGCAUUGGACCAAAAUAUAUGAAGAGUCUUGAGUAAUGUAAAAUUGCAACAAAUGAUUUAUAUUUAUUUUUCGAACAACCAUUUUCUGUUGCACGCAUGUAAAACACCCUGUUGUACUCCCUAUCUUGCUGAUAAUAGAUUUAAUUGCAUUCUGAAUAUGAUUUUCUCAUGAACAUUUGCUGCAGGAUACGGAUACUUGUGAGUUGCACCAGCUCAAGUUUUUACUACUGUUUAUGGAUCAGUCAUUCUGUUACUAUCAUGUAAUUGAUUGUGUUCGAGGUUGAUCAGAUUUUUGCUAUUCAUAUGUAUGUAAACUUACAUUAAGAUAGGAUUCUUAUUGUAAUAGAAGUAUAUUAAGAAGAGUUUCCUAAUUGUUUUUGAGUUUA